GGAGUCGUGAUAAAUUCUAAGAAAAGGAACUUCAAAAUAUAAUAUUUCUUGAAAAUGAAAAGUGCUAUUUAUAGUAAGAAAAUUAAAAAGUCUUGUGAAAUGUUUCAAUUAAAAAAUUUCCAACGUUCUACUAUGCCAUUGGUUAUCGCGAAUUCGUUCGUUAGCAUUAAAAUAUUUUGUUAAUCGAACGAUUAAUACGAUUGGCUUUGUUUAUGUUAUUUGUUGUUUAAUUUAUUAUGGUAUCUUAUUCUAUAAGUUUAAGGAUAUGUUAGGUAUUUUUAAGGGUGCUGAUAGAUCAGUUGCGGCAGGAAUAAUGUCCACAAUUACAUUUGUUGGUAACGCCUUUUUCUAUAUCAUAACAAUUUUCGACGAUUUAACGAGGAAAAAGGAAAUAUUGGAUAUUUCUACGCGUGUUCAAGCAACAGUAGUGGGAAAAAUAAUCACCAAAUUUCGGUUUAUUAAUAACGGCUUUGUCUAUAUCAUAGUAAUUUUUGCUGGUAUUUCGAGAAGAAAGUGGAUUAAAUUGUUCGUAAAACAAUUGGAAAUUUGUACACGAGAAAUUGAUAAACUGAAUGUACCGAAGAAUUAUUCCUCUCUUUUUCGUUAUCAAUGUAUCAUAGGAGUAUUUGUUAUUUUUAUGAUAGCAAGUCAAUCGAUUUAUUUAUUAUCAAAUACAUCAGCAUUUACUAAAUCCUAA